AUGGCGCCUCGAGUCAAUAUCCCUCCAGCGACCCGCAUCUGUCUUAUCAGCCUUCUCACCCUCUCCUUGCUGUAUAAUAUCGCCCGAUGGCGGCAACUUGACACCACGCCCGGCGCACCCGCCAUCACCCCGAUUAUACCCUAUUUGACACUCGUUCCUUCACAAUUUCUUUUCUAUCCGUGGACCCUCCUUACUGCGACAUUUGUGGAGCAGAACAUCUUCACCGUGCUUCUGAACGCGGCCAUUCUCUUUUAUGGCGGAAAAUACCUGGAGCGCGCAUGGGGAUCCCGGGAGUUUGCGAAGUUCAUCCUAGCCAUCGCCGUCAUCCCGAACGUGGUGAUUGUUCCGCUCUAUAUUCUAGGAGCUGCCCUCAGGAGCGGCUCCAGCAGCGGGUACGCCUUGUUCUCUCAUGACGAAUGCACAACAUCUUGCGCUUUCCCUACUGACUCACCGACUUCAAGCCUCACGCAGAUAUGCGGCGGUAUCUCGAUUCAAGCAUCCUUCCUGGUCGCCUUCAAACAACUUGUCCCUGAGCAUACGGUGACUAUCUUCAAAGGCUUGGUCAAAAUGCGGGUGAAGCACUUUCCCGCUCUGUUUUUGUUCCUGAACACGAUCAGCGGGGUUGUCUUUGGCACGCAUGUCGCAGCGAUUCUUGCCUGGCUCGGCCUCUUGACCAGUUGGACCUACCUUCGCUUCUUUAAACGCCAGCCUGAUCUUACCGGCACAUCGACCGAUGGGCUAGGCAUCAAGGGUGAUGCCAGCGAGACUUUUGCGUUUGCAUGCCUCUUCCCGGACGUGCUUCAGCCACCAAUCGCCUUUCUAUCCGAUCAAGUUUAUGCUCUGCUGGUCGCCGUCAGGAUCUGUACACCCUUCUCCGAGGAAGACAUUGCCUCGGGUAACCAGCAGGUUCUGGCACGCGGAGAGGCAGGUCUUCCCAGUCUUCUUUCCAACCAUCGCAACGGACGGGCCAUGGCGAAGCGGGAAGAAGCGGAGCGCAGACGUGCUCUAGCACUCAAGGCUCUCGACCAGAGGCUUCAAGCAGCAGCAGCAGGAAGAGUGCAGCCAGCGACCUCUGCAGCGAAUCAGCAAGGAUCCAGCCAUACUCAGACUCCGACACCCACAGUCUCAGCCGGCCAGAGUAUGUUAGGAGAAACCAGCUAUACCCCCGACCAUGCGUGA